AUGACUAAAACAAAAAUGACUUUAGAACAAACACGUGUUCUAUUAACUGCUAAAAUUACCGCAUUGAACGAUGAAUUAACAGCAAAGACCACAGACAUUCAGACUGCUUCUUUACGUUUUCCUAAAAUCGAAAAAAUGUUCGAUCAGUACGAUGCCAGUAUCGACGAAUUAGAAGUGAACAAACCUGAGGACCCAGAAAUAGAACUCGCGGACGGAAUUCGCAAAAUUUAUUACAAUCUUGCAACUAAAAUAAAAAUUCCCAAUCAAGAUGUUCUCAAUGCCACUAUUCAAACUGCAAUUAACGCUUCGACUCUUAAUCGAACACUCGAGACUCAACGACUUACUAAGCUCCCUACCACGGAUUUACCAAAAUUCGAUGGCAACUUUGAAAAUUGGCUUUCUUUUAAAAAUACAUUUAAGACACUGAUCGACGAACGUAAAGAUUUAGAUGAUCUUAAUAAGUUUUUAUACCUUCGCGGAUGUUUAACUGGUUCUGCUGCAAACAAGCUCGCGCUUUUGGAUGCAAGUGCAGAAAACUAUACACAGGCCUGGGACCUUUUAACAGAAACUUAUCAGAAAGAGCGCGCUUUAGUUUUCAAACAUUAUGACGCUUUUUUAAAUCUUAAUUCAAUAUCAACCCCGACUAAUGAAAAUCUCACUAAAUUCAUAGAUGAUGCUCGACAACACUUAAAUGAUUUAAAAUCAUUAAAAGCAAACCCAACUGACGCAUUUAUAGUAAGAUUAUUAGAACUUAAAUUACCAACAGAAAUUAGAGACAAAUGGGACGAAACGUACGAAGACGAUAACACUCUCCCAACGUUUGACGCAUUUAGCAAAUUUAUAAUAAAAACUGCUUUCCGACUCAGUACACGUAAACCUAAUAAACAGCGCGACUCCGAUGGCUUUUUAAAAGACGACGUAAUGAAUAUUCGAUUUGAUGCAUUAACUAUAGGAGAACGCAUAAAAUUUGUAAAAUCUGCUAAACUUUGCAAUAAUUGUCUUCGCGAACACAAAGGAACUUGCCCUUCCAGUAGUAGAUGUCAAACCUGUAAGAAAUUCCAUCAUACCAAAUUGCACAUUCAACAAAAGACAGUUCAACAACCCUCUAAUCCGAAUACUUCAAAGAACAAUGCCGUAAAAUCCGAGUCACCUAUUACUGUUACGACUGAUAAGGGAUCUACAUCUUGA